GGACAUUCUCGAGAAAAUUUGGAAACAUUCUUGCUAAUGGAUUUCCUUCUCAUUGGUAUCGGCUUAAACUGGAUUCUGAGGAAGCCCCCAGGGUUAAUAUUGUGCACGCUGGGUAUAUUUGUUAAGAUGCUUCCACUCGUGAACGGUGGGUGUCUGAGGCUGUGCCGUUGCGAGGGUAGGUUUUUGUACUGUGAAGCGCAGAAUUUUACGGAUCUCCCUCAGAACGUCUCGGGGGUCAUGGGCUUGUCUCUGCGGUACAACGGCCUCACAGAGCUACAAGAUGGACAGUUCACCGGGUUAAUUCACCUCACGUGGCUUUAUCUGGAUCACAAUCACAUCAACUCAGUGGAGGGGAAUGCCUUUCAAAAACUACGUAGAGUUAAGGAACUCACUCUGAGCUCCAACAAAAUAGAACAUCUGGCCAACACCACUUUUCGACCCAUGCCAAACUUGCGCAGUGUGGAUUUAUCAAACAAUAACCUACAGUCUUUGGAACCGGAUCUUUUUCAUGGUCUACGCAAGCUGACGACUUUGCAUAUGCGUUACAACGCCAUCAAGUUUGUGCCAGUAAGAAUCUUUCAGGACUGUCGCAGCCUGAAGUUUUUGGACUUGGGUUACAAUCAGUUGAAAAGCCUCGCUCGCAACUCUUUCGCUGGUUUGUUCAAGCUUACCGAGCUCCACCUUGAGCACAAUGACUUGGUAAAGGUGAACCUAGCUCAUUUUCCCCGGCUUCUCUCCUUACACUCCCUAUUUAUGAAGAGGAAUAAAGUCACUAUAGUUGUUAACUCCUUGGACUGGGUGUGGAAACUAGAGAAGAUGGACCUCUCGGGCAAUGAGAUUGAAUACAUCGAACCUCACGUCUUUGAAAGCGUACCUCACCUGGAAUCGCUGCAGCUCGAUUCCAAUCGUCUCACCUACGUCGAUUCUAGAAUCUUAAACUCUUGGAAGUCUCUCACCAGCAUCACCCUGGCCGGGAACAACUGGGAUUGCGGACGUAACGUUUGCGCCUUGGCCUCCUGGCUCAGUAACUUCAAAGGUCGAUACGAUGGCAACAUGCUGUGUGCCACACCUGAGUACGCCCAAGGUGAGGACGUUCUAGAUGCUGUCUAUGCUUUCCACUUAUGUGAAGAUCCAGUGGACCCAACUGGUCUCAAUGCAAUGUCUACUGCACUAAACAACAGUGACAGAAACGCCAACGACAGCCCAACAUCUACAGCCACGUAUGACGUUCAGGAUACAGAAGGGGAUAGAACAACAAGUGGCUUCACUGCCACUAUAGCCAGUGAAUACCCAGAGAACACUGUUCAGAUACACAAGGUAGUCACAGGGACCAUGGCGCUAAUCUUCUCCUUUCUCAUUGUGGUUUUGAUGUUGUACGUCUCAUGGAAGUGCUUUCCUGCUAGCCUCAGACAACUAAGGCAGUGCUUUGUAACACAACGUAGAAAGCAAAAACAGAAGCAGGCCAUGCAUCAAAUGGCAGCUAUGUCUGCGCAAGAAUAUUACGUCGACUACAAACCCAACCACAUCGAAGGAGCACUGGUUAUCAUUAAUGAAUACGGUUCUUGUUCGUGCCACCAGCAGCCGGCGAGGGAGUGCGAGGUGUGAUCUCAUCUCUUUUCCAUGUGGAAUUAAAACAUUGUACAACCAAAAAAAAAAAAAGAAGAAAACAAAAAAAAAACACGAAAUCAUGCCAGAUGGACAGGCUAAUGGGAUAUAUUGUGCUUUUUUUUUCUUUCCUGAUUCACAUUUUGACUGAUAUGAUGGAUGCAGGAUAUGUUUGACAAGACUUUCGAUGUGUUAGCUUUAUUGUGUCUUAAAAACUUCAGGACAGUCAACCAUUAAAAAAAAAAAAAGAUGAAACAAAUAAAAAAGAAUAUUCAUAUGAUAUGGAGAUCUGUCUAUAUUCAGGAACCUGAAAGUGUUAAAAACAUAAUAUAAAAAAAAAAAUACAAAAGGUACCACUUAUUGAUUUUUUUGUAAACUACCAUGUUUAAAAUAAAAUAGCAUUUACAAUA